ACGUAUUGUAUGUGUGCCCGAAAGCCCAAAUCCAAAACCCUAACCCCUUAACCACAAAGCUAGUUACCGAGAGUGAAACUCGCAUAUAAAACCACUGCAUCCCUCGCCUCUCAAAAAACACUCACACUCUGCUAUUCCCAAAACCCUAAUUCUCUCAGCCGUAGGGUUUUGAAUAGCUUCCUCAGCUUCUUUCUUCAAUUCUUCUCUAAUCUUUCGUUUGAGAUGGGCAAGUCAAGCAAGAAAUCCGCCACCAAGGUUGAUGCUGCUCCUGUUGUUGUUUCUCCAGUGAAGUCUGGCAAGAAAGCCAAGAGACAGGCUGAGGAUGAAGUCAAGCAAGUGAGUUCAAAGAAGCAAAAGGUUGAAGAGGUUGCUGCCAAGCAAAAGAAGGAAGCUCAGUUGCAAAAAGUUAAGGAGAGUAGUUCUGACGACUCUUCCUCUGAAUCUGAAGAUGAGAAACCUGCUCCUAAGGUGGCUGUUCCUGCUAAAAAGACACCAGCUAAAAACGGGAACUUGAAGAAAGCCAAGCCAGUUUCUAGCUCUUCAGAGGAAUCUUCUGAGGAGGAAUCCUCCGAAGAUGAGGUAUUGGACAUUUUGAAGUCCAUUGCAAGAUACGCCAUAAAUUUACUAUAUAAUUUUUUGUUCUAUUUUUCGAAUAUUGAUCUUAAUGGUACGUUUUAUGUUCAGAAACCUGCACCAAAAGCUGUUCCUUCCAAAAAUCAACCUGCUAAAAAUGGGGCCGCGGCAGCAAAGAAAGCUCCCAGUUCUUCUGACUCAUCUGAUGAAGAUUCUGACGAGGAAGAAGCUCCAAAGACCAAGGUUGUCCCUGCUGCAAAGAAGCCAGUUGAAAGCUCUGACAGUGAUAGUUCUGAGUCUGAUUCUGACGAGGACAAGAAUAAGAAAAAACCUGCAACUACUAUAGCCAAGAAAGUGGAGACUAGCGAUAGUUCAGAUGAUGAUUCAAGUGAUGACGAAGACAAUGAAACAAAAAAGCCUGUAACUGCUGUGUCGAAACCUAUUGCUGUUGCAAAAAAGGAGGAAAGCUCAGAUUCUGAUGAUGACAGCAGCUCUGAUGAAGACACCAAAACUGAAAAAGUUUCUAAUGGAACCAAGAAACCCUCAUCUGUUCCCAAGACUGUUAAGAAAGAGUCUAGUGACUCAGAGAGUGAUUCUUCUGAUGAUGAGGAUAAUAUGAAAGUUGACAAGGAUGAUGAUAGCUCUGAAAGUGAUGAAGAGCCACCAAAGAAAAAGGCUGUGAAAGAAUCAAAAGAAAGCAGUGAUAGUUCUGAUGACAGUGAAGAUGAAAGUGAGGAGAAACCAGUCAAAACUCCUCAGAAAAAGAUUAAGGAUGUUGAGAUGGUUGACGCUACCAAAUCUGCAAAGAAAGCUCCUAAUACCCCAGCUACACCAAAUGAACAGAGUGGUGCUUCAAAGACACUAUUUGUUGGAAACCUGUCAUUUAAUGUGUCACAAGCUGACAUCGAACAUUUCUUCCAAGAUGUUGUUGAUGUUCGUCUUGCUGUGGAUGAUGAAGGAAGAUUUAAAGGAUUUGGUCAUGUUGAGUUUGCAACACCAGAGGCGGCCCAGACUGCACUGGAGUUGAAUGGGCAGGAUUUAUUGAAUCGUGCUGUCCGUCUUGAUCUAGCCAGGGAAAGGGGUGCUUUUACCCCUAACUCAGCUCCCAGGGGACCCAGAGGUCAGUCUCAAACAGUAUUUGUCAGGGGUUUUGACAAAUCUCAAGGCGAGGAUGAGAUUAGAGCUAGUUUGGAGGAACAUUUUAGUUCUUGUGGUGAAAUUACAAGGGUGUCAAUCCCUAAAGAUUAUGACUCUGGUUAUGUCAAGGGAUUUGCUUACAUGGACUUCAAAGAUUCUGACAGUCUCGGCAAAGCUCUAGAACUACAUGAAUCUGAACUUGGUGGUUAUACUUUGUCGGUGGAUGAAGCCAAACCCAGAGAAAGUAAUCAAGGUUCAGGAGGUAGAGGUGGAGGUCGAUUUGGUGGAAGGGACAGUGGAGGUAGAUUUGGUGGUGGAAGGAGUGGUGGAAGAGGUCGAUUUGGUGGAAGGGACAGUGGUGGUAGAGGAGGAAGAGGUGGAGGUGGUAGAGGUCGUGGAUUUUCAAAUAGACCAAACCUUGCUGCAGAAGGCACAGGCAAAAAGACCACUUUUGCUGACGACUAGGGAUGCUUCUCUGUGUUGAUGAAAACGUGUCUUCCGUCUUGUUGCUGAAAACUUAUCUUCUAAUGUUUUUUUAAUUUUAUUUCUAGAACUUAUCGCUGCUCCGUUUUUGUUAUUUUUAGUAUGAUUUGAUUAAGAUAUGUCUGUAUGGGAGAAAUUUUGUGAUCGAUAGUAGUAUCGGAAUAUGGAUUUUGGCACUCAAACGUCUAUGUCGAAGUUUGGGUUAAUUAUUCAAUUGAAUCUUAUAAAUAUAUUAUGUUCCAUGUUUAUCUA